AUGUAUCUUUAUUUGAUUCUUCUUUCUAAUUGGUAGCCUUCCAAUUUGUCUACUUCUCUCUCACAUAUCUUUCUUUCUGAAUCCCAGCACUUACUGUCUUCACUUAUUUUUUCUCAAAUAAGAGGUUCUAAUAGCAACAACCUUUGGCCGAUUUGCUCAACUUUAAGUGGUCAAAAGACUUGAAAACUUGAACUUUGGCUUCACUAGUGAGAAUUGCAUACAUGGAAAGAGGAAAACAAAAUGAAGGAGAAACAGAGAAAGGGGAAGCAAACAACUCAUCGGUCGCAUCUUAUGUACUUCGCAAGGACAUUUCCAUUCUUCUGGAUUUCGUUGAGAGGUUAAAGAAUGAAGAAGAUCAAAUAGCCCUUGACAUGGAUCAAAUUGAAAAACUGAAAUUGAAGCUGACAAUUAUGUCGACAUUUCUUCAGCUUUCUUAUUUCAGCUUGGAUGUUUUUAAUGACAGAAUGUCUAGCAAAGCACAGCAGGUUGAUGAUCUAGUUCAGUCACGUUUUCAUCAGAGUCGAGAUGACAUGCUGGUUAAAUUAAAGGAUCAUAUUGUUCCUCGCCUCCUGGAAACUAUCAAAAGUUGUAUUAAUUCCCAACAUCAUUAUUCUAAAUCAACUGACACCAUGACUGAGGAUCAGUUGGUGGAAAUUUUGAACAAGCUCCUCGUGAAUCUCCAUGAUCUACCCAAGUGUUGUGCUGAGUUGAUCUUACCAUUAAUGACUCAGUACAAGGUAAUUCAGAAUGUAUGUGUCAAUAUAAGAGAUUUCCAUGGGUUGAAAGUAAAUGGUUGCGUUAAGCAUGAAAUAGUUGAAUAUGUCUUACCUCAGUUUCAACGUAUGGCUGAGAGAGUAGGACACUUCUGUUUUGUCCUUUUGUCUUAUCACCUUGAUGUCCCUCAAGUCAAUUUCAAGCUGGCUCAUUUACUUGUGAAAAUUAUCCCUGUUGAACUGGAGGUUAUGCACAUAUGUUUUACAAAUUUGGAGGCUUCAAAGUCAGCAGAAGUUGGUCUUUUCAUUAAGCAGCUCCAAGAAUCCUCUCCAGCCAUUCUUAGAGAAUAUCUGAUUCAUCUACAAGUCCAUAUGGUAACUGUUCUUAAUGCUAGCACUUCAGCUCGAAGCAUUCAUGUCGUGAUAGAGUUCCUAUUGAUUAUUCUAACAGAUAUGCCCAAGGACUUUAUUUAUCAUGACAAAUUGUUCGAUCUCUUGGCACGUGUUGGAGCACUUACAAGGGAGGUAUCCAUUCUUGUUUGCAACUUAGAAGAGAUCUCAAGAAAUGAAGAGAAUAUGAAUGAAACAAAUUGUGGCAGUCUAGACUUGUUGGAAAGUAUUGAACUACUGAAGGAAGAUCUCAAACAUGUUUUCCUGAAAGCCCCUAAAGACUCGUCUCAACUCUGCUUCCCCAAGAGUGAUGGACCAAUCUUCAUAACUCUUCUCCUUAGAAACUUAAAUGAUUUGCUCAAGUCAGAUGCUCAUUCUGCUGCUUUAAUAAAAGAAGAAGUUCAAAUGGUGAAAGAAGACCUAGAAUUCAUAAGAUCUUUCUUUGGAAAAGUUGAGCAAAAAUUGAAUAGAGAUCUCUGGAAUUGUGUUCUAGAUGUGGCAUAUGAGGCAGAACAUUCCAUUAAUUCAGUUCUUGUUAGAGAUCAUGGUCUUUUGAAACUUAUCUUCUUACUUCCCAAAACCAUAGAAAAGAUCAAGCUUAUCAAAGAAGAGGUACAACAGAAGAUCCCCAAGAAUAGGGGCCCCGUUGUUGUCAACUCUCCCAAAAAGCCAACUGAAAUUAGCAAGUCAUCAGCAACCAGUCAAAUAAUUGUAGGUUUUGAGAAGGAGACGAAAGAGAUAAUUAGUAAGCUCACCAAGGGACCAACUGAGAUAGAUGUCAUUUCCAUAGUUGGUAUGCCAGGGCUUGGAAAAACUACUUUGGCUUACAAAGUCUAUAAUGAAAAGUUUGUUGUUGAUCAUUUUGAUGUUCGCGCUUGGUGCACAGUCGACCAAGAACGUAAUGAGAAAAAGCUGUUGCAGAAAAUUUAUAAUCAAGUUAUUGGUUUGAAAGAAAGAUUCAAUGAGGAUGGCAUAGAUGAUGACGUUGCUGAUAAGCUACGGAAACAACUGUGUGGAAAGAGGUACCUUAUUGUCUUGGAUGACUUAUGGGAUAUUGGAACAUGGGAUGAGCUAACAAGACCUUUUCCUGAAUUUCAAAAAGGAAGUAGAAUUAUUUUAACAAGUCGAAUACAAGAAGUCGCUGUGAAAGAUAAACGCCAUAGUGAUCCUCUUUAUCUUCGAUUUCUCACGCAAGGGGAAAGUUGGGAGUUAUUAGAAAGAAAGGUAUUUGGAGAAAAAAGUUGCCCGAAAGAACUACUGGAUGUUGGUGAAGAAAUAGCCCAAAAGUGUGAAGGGCUUCCUUUGGUACUUGAUCUGAUCGCUGGAGUCAUUGCAAAGAACGAAACGAAAAAGGCUUUCUGGCUUGAAGUUCUAAAUAAUUUAAAAUCCAUUAAGAAUGAAGUGAAAAAGGUUAUACAGUUAAGUUAUGAUCAUUUAUCAGAUCACUUGAAGCCAUGCUUACUUUACCUUGCAAGCUGUCCAAAGGACGAAUCAAUUGAAAUCUCUCAAUUGAAGGAUUUAUGGAGUGCAGAAGGGCUUGUGGAACAGACUGAGAUGAAGAGUGUGGAAGAAGUAAUGGAGAUUUAUGUGGAUGAGUUAAUUUCCAGUAGCUUGGUGAUCGUUUUCAACGAGAGAGGUAGGGCAUCGAGUUGCCGAAUUCAUGAUCUUGUGCAUGAUUUUUGUUUGGAAAAAGCAAGAAAAGAAAAGUUGUUUGACUUCAUAAGUUCAAGUGCUCUGUCUUAUUCUUCUUCAGAUCUGAUGCCACGUGGAAUGACCAUUCAUUAUGACCGACAUCUCCUUCCUUCGAAUGAAAACUUAGUCCUGUUCAAUCCAGAAAAGAAAAAUCCUUAUGUUAAACACCUCCUCUCUUUGAAGGUUUCUGAUGGGAAACUCAAUUAUCUUUCCUACAACUGUCACCUAAGACACUUGAGACUUCUUAAAAGGUUGGAGCUGCACAAAAUAAGAUUGACGUAUUCUUUGCUGAAUGAUAUAUGCAUGCUUGUUCAUUUGAGGUGCUUAAAGAUUCAGACGAAGGCAAAAGCUCUCCCUCCGUCAUUUUCAAAUCUCUUGAAUCUGGAAACUCUGGUGGUGGAUAACCAGGGAACAAACAUGGUACUAUCACCUAGUAUCUGGAGUCUUGCAAAGCUACGUCAUGUGAGCAUCGACAAUUGUUCUCUCUUUGAUUCGGAUAUUGACGAACCAGCAGUGUUAAAAGAGCACUCAAAGUUAAAGAAUUUGAGAAUAUUAUAUGGGCUCAAGCUUUCCUCGUCCGGAAACACAGAGGAUAUUUUCAAAAGGUUUCCCAAUCUCCGAAACCUUAUGUUCACCAUCAACGAACCAUGGCCAUGUUCAGCAGAGCAGAUUUCAUUACCAAGAUUGGAUGUCCUUAAAGAACUUGAAGAAGUUUGUGUAUAUUUUGAUUGCGCUUCGUUCCGUCAAGAUCAAUGGGAUUUUCACUUCCCUUCCAGCUUGAAAAAACUGGUGUUGACGAGGUUUAAUCUGACAUCCGAUUUACUAUCAAGAAUUGGGAGACUACCCAACCUUCAAAAGCUGACUCUAGAAGAAGCAAUCAUCCAGGGGAAAGAAUGGAACAUGGAAGAAGAAGUCACUUUCGAGAAUCUCAAAUUCCUGAGUUUGGACUGGGUAUCUUUUUCUGAAUGGAAGGUUGGAGAGGAAUCAUUUCCCGUGCUCGAGGAAUUACAUAUAAAAAGAUGUGAUGAACUUAUAGAGAUCCCAGAUAGUUUUGCGGAUAUUGCUUCAUUAAAGUCUAUCUCACUGUGGGGCAACCGUCAACUUGUAGAGUCAGCUCAUGAGAUUAAGGAAUGUGUUGCUGAAACUAUGGGAGAAGACAAGCUUGAGGUAACGUGCUUCGACGAGUGAGUUCGUGUACGAAAUGGGAUCAUCUUAAGUCCUUAUCUGGGAAAAUCUGGAGAAUAUAAAGGUCGGCCAGAACAUCAACCUGUAGAGGCUUCAAAUGAUGGACUGAUCCUCAGACUUUUAUUCCUUCUUCCAGCUGUUUCUUUUACACUUCUUUUAUUCCAUUGUGGGUAAGCACUAAAAAAGGACCGCCCAGUGCACUAAGCUCCCUCUAUGCGCGGGGUCCGAGGAAGGGCCGGACCACAAGGGUCUAUUGUAUGCAGCCUUACCCUGCAUUUCUGCAAGAGGCUGUUUCCACCGCUCGAACCCGUGACCUCCUGGUCACAUGACAAUAUCUUUACCAGUUACGCCAAAGCUCCCCUUCAACUUUAUCGUAACCUCCUAGUCACAUGGUCACAUUGUGGUUAAGCACUUUCUUUUCCAAUUUGAACUUCUGUUCAAGUUUUUUUCUUUUUGGCGAGUAAAGGUGCUUAUAGACAGCAGAGUUAUCCUAAAAAAACAAUUAUUGUAUAUGUUCCAAGCUUGAUCUGUUUAGCUUCUUACUCUGACUAUGAUUCUUCCAUUAAUGACUCUUUAGUCACUUUAGAGUACAUGAUCUCAAAUCGUAGCUUUCUCCCAUAUAGUUUUGAAACGUUUGAUGUUUUUCAAAUGACAUAUUAACCUAAAAGGCAAGCCCGGUGCACUAAGUUCCUGCUAUGCGCAGGGUCCGAGGAAGGGCUGGACCACAAGGGUAGUUUUACCCUUCUACAGGAUGAUGUUUCUUAACCUAUCAAUGAUAAAGAAUGGUUACACGUAGUUAAAUCAGCUUUUUGACUGAGACAUAAACCAAAAUUACUAGCAAAUGAAAUUAAAAAAGGUAUACUCACCUUCUGUCUGUUCAUUCAAUUAUAGCUGAAAGUUGCUUUGAUCAUUCAGAAAAACAUCCAUCUUUUAGAAAGUUCUAAAGGAAAAUAUCAGAAGAAAGAAAAAGUAAAAUUGUGAGGAUUCAUCAUAAAUCCACAAGAAUCCUGGUGAUGGACUGAAGUGAAAGGCAAUCCCAGACAGAAGUAAAUAAUCAUUUUGACUGCUGGCUCCUUCAAAUUUAUCCAUUGCAGGAAACACUGGCUCUGUUAUAUGAUACUUUUGACAUUCAAGAUUUCACCUUGAUUGACACUGUAUUGAUGCCAACUUCAUAGUCCCCCACCCCCAACACACACACCCUGUACAAAAUAAAUUUUAUAGCUGAUACAGACAUUUUUUCCUCCCCACAUGGAUAGAAGUAGAUAUACAUGAAUUAAUUCAAAUUCCCAUGUGAUAGAGAAAAAGUAAAAGGUCCCGAGAAAUUUUGAUUUAUGGUCGGAGUAUUAUCAAGUGUGUAUUGCCGACGGUGAACAUAUUUUUUUCCUGUUAUUUUGGCUUUGCAAGUUCCUGAUGUGUAUUUUGCGCCGUUGUUUUCUUCUGAUUAUUUGUUUUUAGCCAAACUACAGGCUUCUGGGGAGAUGGACGUUGUAGACUCAUUCAAGUUGAGACGGACUCUCUGGUUUUUAUACAGAAGUUGCACAGUGACGGAGCCUCAGGAUCCACAUUUCAAUGGUAUCAUGCGAAUCGGAGAGCUUAUGAGAAGGGAUUGGAGUUCGGAGGUGUGAAAUCGAGACAUAUUUGGAGGGAAGGCAAUGAGGAUUUGUUACUAAGAAAAUUGUAUGUGACAAUGCUCCGAUUGGUCAAAUACUAGAGUACCCAACAUAUCAGAAUUCACCUCUGUUCACCAUUGAAUAUAUGAAAAAAGAUUAAAUUUU